AUGGGAUGCGCCGGGAGCAAUCCUUUGCCAGCGGGCGACGCGAUGGUGGCGUCGGCCACAACCGAAAGUCGCACGGUCGCGGUCGACCCGCCGCCGAUGUCCGACACCGAAAAAGCAUGUUCGAUUGUCAAGAAGGUGGUCGGCAGCGUCAACGUCGACGACGUGGUCAAAAAGAUCCAAGACGUCGGUGGAAGCAUGGAAAAUUUGAUGGACGAGACUCAAGAAAAAUUCAGUUCAAUAUUUGGAAAAGCAGAAAAACAAGUCGAUGAUGUAGAAAACUCAGUAAAAGACAAAGUAAACGAUUUUACUUCAACUACGCCAGAAAAACCUAAAAUACAAGAAGUUAUUCUUCUUACAGUUGAAGAAACUAGAGUAAUACCAAUAGACAUACUCAAGUCUGAAAUUCUAACAAAUGGAAAUGAUGCCGUGGUUGGAGAGGUAAAUAACAAUGCAAAAGAAGAACAGACAGAAAUAAAAGCAGAAGAAUCUCCUGUCGAUGUAAAUGAAAAACAAAAUGAGGAAGAAGAUAAAGUUGAAGAAGAAAAAGUUGAAGAAGAACUAGUUGAAGAAGAAAAAGUUAAAGAAGAAAAAGUCGAAGAAGAAAAAGUCGAAGAAGAAAAUGUCGAAGAGGAAAAAAUUGAAGAAACAAAAUCUGAGGAAGAAGUGAAGGAAGAAGAAGAAGAAGAAAAAACUGCUGAAAAAGAGAAAGCUGAAGAAAAUGAAGUAGAAGAGUAA